UGCGAGCUUCAUUCUGGAACGAGGAACGAGGCGACUUUGGAUUGACCGAUGUUAAGUGUUCUGCUGCGAAGUUUUGUGUUGAAAGUUAAACGGAGUUAUCAGAUUUGUGCGGUUUCGACAGAUAUGGCGAAGAAGACUGCGAUAUUGCUGCUGGCUGAUGGAGCCGAGGAGAUGGAGGCUGUUAUAACUACGGACGUACUUCGACGUGCCGGGAUUCAAGUUACGAUUGCUAGUAUCACUAGCGAUGGUUGUAUAAAAUGCAGCCGAGAUGUGAAAAUCUGUACCGAUGUUAAGUUGGCUGAUGUCAAGACUGAGAAAUUUGAUGCCGUGAUACUUCCCGGAGGGCUUGGUGGCUCGAAGGCUUUGGCAUCCUCGCCUGAAGUUGGGAGCUUGCUAAAAGAGCAGGAAGCUAAAGGCGGAGUGAUUGCAGCUAUCUGUGCUGCUCCUACGGCUUUAAAAUCACACGAUGUCGCAAAGGGAAAACAAAUUACGUCGUACCCGUCUUUCAAGGAUGAGCUAAAAGAUGAUUACAAGUAUCUUGACGAGAAAGUUGUCACGGAUGGUAACUUGAUAACAAGUAGAGGUCCAGCGACUGCAUUCGCUUUCGGACUGGCUAUUGUGGAAAAACUGUUAAAUAAGGAAGCUGCUGCUCCAGUGGCAAAAGCGAUGCUGUACGAAGACUAUAAAUGAAGUUCUACGCAGGUAAAGCGGUCUGCUUUGGAGUUCAUCUAUAUCAUCGUCUCGCAAGGUCAUACACCAUCGUUCCAUCGACAGGUCAAUUACAUAUCGCAGUGAACCAAUUUCAGUGUCGAGAUAAAUGAGUGCACUGGAUCGAUGUUCAGUUACAAGAGACAUAAAGUGAAUAAGUGUAAUACACGAUAAUUUUCCUUCA